UUGAUGGGGGAGGCCACGUCGAGAUCUCGACCUCAAGAUUCUUUGCUGCAAGAAGAUUUAGAGUUUGAACGAACGAUGAAAGCGGUGCCUGUCAUCACUGAAACUGUGGUUCAAGGUCUGGAAGAGCGAAUAAAAGCUUGCAUAAAGGAUGGCCGAUUCGACGAUGUCGUGCGGAUUCGCGCUAUCGACGAUAAACCUUUCCUUCCGUCACGAUUUUUUGAGCUCCAGGACACCAAAUCUUCCCAGUCACUUGCUCAAAUCUACGAGGAUGAGUACGUCGUCGCACAGAACGGCGGUACGGGAGGUGACGACAGAGACGGUCGGCUCAAGAAGGAGCACGACGAAAUUACAAAACUCUGGGAUAGUAUAUGCAGCAAGCUAGAUGCACUUUGCAACGCGCAUUACACUCCAAAAGCG